UCGAGCUCACCGAGAUGGACAGCAAGCCGGCACCGGGGUGCAUGCCAGAGACGGAGCUGCGGGUGAUCAGCUGGCUUGGCAUGCCGGUGUACGACGUGGACUUCGGGUGGGGGAAGCCACUGGCAAUGCUGCGCGCCGUGUCAGAGCGCGCCAGGUUCGUCUAUCUGAUGGACAGCGGGAAGGAGGACAGCAGCGUGCGCGUCCUCAUGUGUACGGCGGCCGCGAUCCUCAACGACUUCCAGCGCCUACUGUACGCCCGGUUCUAGCUCCAGGCGCCGCCUGGCAUCAGAGUACGGAUUGGGCCUUUCACCCUGUCAAUUUAUCAAACACCUUCACUGCCA